CAGGCGCCCCUCCCCAAGGGCGAGAUGGGCACCGAGGGAUGGCCUCCCGCGCUGCACCCUGGGGACGUAAAGAACAGGGGGCAGACUGAGGGCAACCCUUUAUAGGCAGCAGAUACUGUUCUCACCCACCCGCCGCUCACUGUGCGCUGCAGGGACCGCGAGCCAGGCACGCAGGCUGAGCGCCAGGGAGACAGAAGCGCAGCGACCCAUCACCGGCUGCCGGCCACCCGCGCGCCUCCAGUCCGCCGCGCUCCUCAUGGGACCCCGGCGCCUGGCGUUCUUGCUGCCUCUGCUGCUCCUGCUCCCGCCGGAUGUUAAAGGUGCUUUGGGAAAAACCCAUUCUAGGAAUCGAAGAGGAAUUCUUGAAUUAGCUGGAGCCAUUACAUGCAGCACAGGACGCACUCCUUUUGCCUAUCUACGUUAUGGAUGCUAUUGUGGUCUGGGAGGGCAAGGCUGGCCUAGGGAUAAAGUAGACUGGUGCUGCUUUAAGCACGACUGCUGCUACAGUAAGGCAGAGCAAGCAGGCUGUAAGCCCAAGACAGAGAGCUAUAACUGGGAAUGUGAAGACAAUGCUGCUGUGUGUGAUUCACUAGAAGACAAAUGCCAAAAAAUAAUGUGUGAAUGUGACCGCAAAGCUGCCAAGUGUUUGGCUAAAGCCCCUUAUUACCCAAGGUACAUUUUCUGGCCAGAUUUUGUAUGUGGUGACUAUCACCCAAAAUGUAAGUUUUAGUAAGACAGGAGGACACUACUCUAAUAUUUACAAAAAUCUGUACAUGCUUUUGAAUUUAAAAUAAAAGUUCUAUAAAAAAUGAUGAUUGAUUUUUUCCAGCAAUGUUUGUACAUGCCUAGUUUUCAUAAUGCAUAAGCUAAAGGAAAAUUCAGUGGUUCUUAACAGCUGGGAAACUGUAGUAGCUUUCGCGGACUGAAUAUCAAGAACGAUUUUGUCAGAGAUGUCUAAUAGUCUGUGAACCUUUAUCACCACAAGCAGCAAUGGAAUGUUAACUAUGGGGAAAGCCUCUAAAACACCAGCUUUCACCAUGAUAUUCACUGCAAGCUAUUCAUUUUCUUUCGUCAGUGUUGUUCUAUCACCCACAUAUGCAAAACAGCACAUAGGGAUGGAGUGAAAAGCUCUACUUUUAAACUUCAUUUGAAUCCUGAAGCUAAAAUUUUAUUAUUAGAUGUAGCCAAGGGAAAGGCACACUCAGGGUGACACUGUCAGUUUAAGGAAGGGCUUUUAACCUUUGUUAUUAGCAACACUUUUGAUAACCAACAAUAGUUUACUAUUCCCUAUAUCAUAAAAGUUUUGAAUUUCACUUGGCCUAGGCAACACAAUUAGACUUUUUAGCUUCACUGUCUUGUUCAGUCACUUGAGUAUUGAAAUUAAAAAAAAAAAAAAAAAAAAAAGACAUUAAGUCACUGACUGAUAAGUAUGGGUCAAAUCCUGGUCCCCUUGUACAACCAGAGUGGGAAUCCCAUAGACAAGGGGAAAAAAAUCCUGCCUGCCUCCCACAUAUAGAACAGCAACAGAGAUACCAGUGGCCACUAAUGUGGCCUCUGGGCUGCAGCAGCUCCAUGGUCGCCUGCUGCAGCUUCAUUCCACAAGGGUAGAUGUGAUAAGUGGUUAAGCCACUAGGAUCUAGAGUAUAUUGAACCAGAGGAAGUCUCCAAAGACCACAGCUCCAUGAUAUGGAUUCCUGUAUUCUGUCCUCCCUUUUACGCAAAGAGGGUUAUGCAACAUGCAGGUCACAGACCUAUCCCCACGAGUCAGGAUCUACAUACAACAAUACUCAGAAGAGAAUGGUUUUGUUUUACAGGAAUGUAAAGCUGGGUUGCACAGUUAGGUAAGCAAACUUUAAAGUUCUGAGGCUUCUCCUCAGAAAAGCUUCAAAUUAACUAGUACUGUACAAUGAAUUUUCUUCAUAACUAUUUGUGAACAUCCAUGUUUUCUGAAAAACAAAUCUUAUUUCCAUUGUGAUCAGGCUAACUUUAAGCUAGCAGAUUUGCUAAAAGUUAUUGCUCAAUUACAGUACAAGGUAAAUGUCAACAGCUUUGACAAGAAAAAAUUUAAGGUAAAUUCGAUUCUUUAGUUUACAGGAAGAAAGUUUUAGAAAAAAAUCUUUAAUUUUGUCCAACUUUUAAAAGUGUUCAUAUGCAAAUCUGGAAUUCAUUAAUAGUAUCAUACAAAUGCAAACUCAACAAGAUGAGGUUCAUAAGUACAAAGGAUUUUAAGAAAAAAGUUAACCUCUGUUUCUCUCAAACACCACAAAAACAAAAUGGCAACCUGGUUGGGUUUUUAUACAAAAUAAAUCACUUCUUAUUCAGUAUUUACAGAUACAGGUCUUGCUACAUACAUCAGACUACAACAAUCAAUUACAGUAUCAUGGCAGCUUUACCAGAUUAAUACUGUGAGAGGUAUCUGAAUUCAUUU